GCGUCGUGUAGACGUCCACAAAGUUUCCUUGUCCGCCACGGACGCGCGAGCGCGGGCCAAGGUCCCCGGAGAUCCCGUGUCUGCUCCAGCCGAGCGGCCGCAUCCCUCUGCGGAAUCACGGAUCAACUCCCAGGUAAAUCUAAAAGAGAGCUGUACCCCGGGUUUGCUGAUGUAAGCUAAACUAAUACCUUACACCUGACAUCAUAUUAGACAUUUUUUAUCAUGGCGAAUAAAGAAGAUUUCCAAAGAAGACUAUGUGAUACCUAGUGUUACUGAGCCAAACAGUUGGGAAGAUCCAUCCACAUCAUGAACCGUGCUUUCAGCAGGAAGAAAGACAAAACAUGGAUGCAUACGCCUGAAGCAUUAUCAAAACAUUACAUUCCCUAUAAUGCAAAGUUUCUUGGCAGUACUGAAGUGGAGCAACCAAAGGGAACAGAAGUCGUGAGAGAUGCUGUGAGGAAACUGAAGUUUGCAAGACACAUCAAGAAAUCUGAAGGCCAAAAGAUUCCUAAAGUUGAGUUGCAAAUAUCAAUUUAUGGAGUAAAAAUUCUUGAACCCAAAAGCAAGGAAGUCCAACACAACUGCCAGCUUCAUAGAAUAUCAUUUUGUGCAGAUGAUAAAACUGACAAGCGGAUAUUCACUUUUAUAUGCAAAGAUUCCGAGUCAAAUAAACAUUUGUGUUAUGUAUUUGACAGCGAAAAAUGUGCUGAAGAAAUAACAUUAACAAUUGGCCAAGCUUUUGACCUGGCAUACAGGAAAUUCCUGGAAUCUGGAGGAAAAGACGUGGAAACAAGAAAACAGAUUGCUGGAAUGCAGAAAAGAAGCAGCAGAGGCAGCAGAUGCUGGAUCCAAGAUUUAGAAACAGAAAAUAUGGAACUUAAAAAUAAAGUACAAGAUUUAGAAAACCGGUUGAGAAUAACUCAAGUGUCAUCCUCUCCAGCUGGCAGUGUGACAGUGAAGUCUCCUUCCACUGACAUCUUUGAUAUGGUUCCAUUUUCCCCAAUAUCACAGCAGUCUCCAACGCCUACUCGCAAUGGCACACAGCUCCCACCAGUACCUAGCAGAUCUACUGAGAUCAAACGGGACCUUUUUGGAGCUGAACCUUUCGACCCAUUUAACUGUGGAGCAGGGGACUUCCCUCCAGAUAUUCAAUCCAAAUUAGAUGAAAUGCAGGAGGGGUUCAAAAUGGGACUAACUCUUGAAGGCACGGUAUUUUGUCUCGACCCGUUAGACAGCAGGUGCUGACGUCAAGAAUGAGUAAUCCUGACUUAUGCUUAAUUUGUUUAUAUACAUAUACAUCAUUCAUUAGUUUACAACAGUUAUUAUACUUGUGCCAAUAUAUUUUUGAAUAUCUAAAUGUUUUUAAAUCAGUUAAAGUAAAAAUCUCCUUACUUUCACUGUUGAUUUAUCUGUUAUUUUAAGCAGAACUUAGUGUAAUGUAUAUUGGACUUUUAUGUUCUCUUCUGUGUUAUGGGUGAAUUUUAUUGAAAGACAAGUUUUCUAAAUAUUUGCCUUGUCUGUGUUCUAAAUAAUUAUCAAUUGACAUUUAUGCUCAUUCUCCAGGGCAUUAGUUCAUUAUCUUUGUCCCAAAGCCAUACCUUGAUGUCUUUCAAAUUUCUGAAAAUAGAGACCAAUGUCAAACUACACAUAUUCCAUUUUGAUACCAAUAAACAGCCUACCAGUCAUUGGAUGGAUGUCAUUUUGUAUACAAAAUGUUCAUCUCAUUGUGAAAAUCUAAAAUUUAGCUAUUAUGCUACCAGCUUACUAAAUUCUACCUGGUAAAAAUAAGAAUAUAAGUCCAAUAGUAAUUAUAUAAAACAUAUUUAGAAUAUUAAUAAAUAUGAAAUAAUAGCAUCAGUCUUUUAAAUUAUAUUCUAAAAAUGUUUAAUUUGUCUGAAAAGUAACAGUUGUGGGGAAAAUGACUUCCCUGAAAAACUCAAAAUUUUAUUUCUAAUGUGUUGUAAUAUACUAAUAUAACAUUGGGCCAACAUCUGCUCUCGUACUUUAAGAAAUGGAAAUUAUGCUUUCUGUAAAUGUAAUGCCUACUGUCUAUUUUACCAUUAUUCCUCAGAUAUUCUGUGAUGUAGUAUUUCUCUUACCAACCGUAUGUCUCAAUGCCACAUUAGUUUUGAUACUUUAAAAUUUCUGAGAGGUGUUCUAUUUAAAUUUAAGAAUAUUUAACAAUUUUAAUUUUCAUUUGUUCUGUUAAAGUCAGAAUCUACUUUUCACAAAAUUUCUCUUCAGUUUCACCUUGAACAUGAGCAAUAAAAAUCUCUAGUACUCAUUCUGAUAUGCUGAUGAACCCUGACCUUUGAAAACAUAUGCUUCCAAUAUAUUUGCCCAUGGUGUAGAAUACUAACAGUCAUAGUGCAGAAAAAAAAGGUAUGGUCACAUUUGUAAUGUGAUUUAUCACAAUAUAAGAAAAUAAAGUAAUAAAAGUCUGGGCUUAGUUGUGGGAAAUUUAUCAACACUAAAUAGAUUUUUACUCAUGGAGUUUUAUGCAGGUGUUAAGAGUACUUUUCAUUAGGAACAGAAAUCAAAUGUGCUUAUUAUAUUUGUACCAUCAUGCUGUCUGGUAUAGAUGAGCCUUUCUGUUUAUGUUCUGUUAUACCUGCUAAGUUAAACCCUAAUUAGUGGGUAGAAUGUGUUUCAUCAGGAAGUCUUUACUGUUCUAUUUGUCAGAUAGUAUUUUGGAAUUUGUAUAAUGAGGAUGUUUAGAAGCCAUCUAAUUGGCUUUUUUUUAACAGAUAGAGUUUGUAUUUUUAUUGUACUUUAAAAAGCUUUAUGUACUGGGUAUAUAUUUAGCAAACAUUUAUUAUCAAUUGUAACAUGAUAGAACACUAAAUUGAUAUUUGCACAUUUGAGAUAUAUUACUUACCAAGUUUUAAUGAUGAUUGGUUCUGCUACUGGCAUGAUCAAAUAGUACAUAAUUGGACAUUAAUAUGAACAUUUACUUCUCCAGUGAAUUUUUAUGAAGACAUGAUUGGAAAUUGUAUUUCUAUGUAAACUCAAUGAUAUGUUUGAUUUUACUGAGAAUAAAAGAUUUUAAAUAAAUUAAA